AUGUUCAACAUCGAAGCUUGGAAUAAACUUUCCCCGGCGAUGCAAGCUAAACAUACAUUCCAAAAUUGUAAGCAAUGUCAGCUGAAAUACAGUCACAUACAAGUUUUAUUUCCUACCAAAUGCAAGAGAUUCACCGGUUUAAUGAAGGAGAACAAUCCCAAAGUCGCAAACAAAGCCAUUAAAGUCCAACUGCCAAGUCAACCAGGGAGUACCACUCUCCGUGAAGCAGGUGAGACUGCAAAGUCUAUACGACCAGGUGAACCCCAUGUUUGAAAAGAUUACUGGCCAUUCCCUUGUUAAAGCAUUGACCAAAGUAAAAGAUCUCAAUAUUGAGAAGAAGUCUAAAGCUGAAAAAAAAACGAACAGUAAGAAUUAUAGAAAAUUCAAGCAAGCAGUAGAAACACAAUGGGAAAAUACAUCUUUUAUCAGGUAUUUAAAAAUAAUCACAUGGGUAGCUGGGAUGACUAAUGCAUAUAUACACUAGGUAAACCAAGAAGCUGGGGUAGCCAGUGAGACACCAUAUUCAUCCGAGAUAACUGGGUGAGGUUACAGCCAUAUCAUACCCAGAUAUCAUACACAGCCGUUGCAACUGGUCAUGUAAAACUAUCCAGCUGGGGUAGCUAGAUCUCAUACCAAGCUGGGGUAACCAGAUAUAUAUAAUACCCAGCCGGGGUAAGUAGAUAUGAUACGCAGCCGGGGUAGCUAGAUAUCAUACCUAGCCAGGCAGCUAGAUAUCAUACCCAGCCAAGGGUAGCUAGAUACCCAGCCGGGGUAACUAAAGUGACUCAGAGGUAAAAAUAUCCAGCCAGGGUAUAGAUAUAGCGAGUAUCAUACCCAGCUGGGGUACCUAAUCCUGUAAAAAUAUACAGCCAAGAUAUCUAGUGAGAUAUCAUACCCAGCCUGUGAGCCGGGGUAACUAUAGUGAGGUAAAACUAUCCAGCUGGAGUAGCUAGUGAGAUAUCAUUAGUGAUAAUGAAAUAUAAUUGUAUUUAAUAGAUGCUUUGGGAAUCGACAAUCAUUAGCAGGAAGACAAAGAUUAACAAUGUGUUUUGAGAGUAAAGAAGAGGCAGCUGAAUGCACAAGGGAGCAGAAACAACAAUGGGAUAAGCAAGGGAUGAAAGAUGAAGUUACUACUUAUGGAGAUGACACUUUGGUCAACUGGUCUGAGUUAGCAAGACGAUUCCAAAUAAAAAACCAAACUGGAGAGUUAGCUCAAAACGGUCGUCAAAUUGCUAUGGAGUGGUUGAAGUCGGAAGGAGUUAAUGUGGAAAGAUUUAAGAAAAGGAGAGAAUGUAAUGAGGGCAAUAUAAGAAAAAAAUUAAGAAGAGGUGCAGGUGGUGAAAACACUGUUCCAUGUCCUGAAACCAAUGGAAAAGUGCUGAAGAAAUUGCAAGAAAAGGUUUUGUCAGGCGAAAUAAAUGUUGGGGAGCUAAUAGUGCCAAGAAAGGUAAUUAAAUCUCAAUUAUAUAAAAUUAUCAGGUUUUAGACAUUUUAAAUAACUGGAAACUUUUUAAAAAAUAUUAAAAUUAUAUUAAUAUAUCACGGAAAAUCAAUUCAAAUAUACUGUCCCAGUAGUCAGAUUUAUGUACAGUAGUAAUAAUUAAUACCGGGUAUAAGGAAAUUAGUUUAGAGGACAUCAAUUUGCAUUAUUACUAACACUGUAAUUGCAAUAGUUUUUGUGAUUCGUAUUUCUAAAUACUGGUAUUGAAGUAGAAAAUCUAGCACUGUAAAUGUUAAUAAAGUAGUAAAGGUUCACAGUAGAUUUAAACUGUCUACAUUUUACCAGUUCACAAGCUCGUUUGAAUUAAAAUCAAAUAAUCUUUCAUUCUUGUUUAGUAUGAGAAGCUAGUGCUCAAAGAGGAUGGCUCAAUCGAGAAGUCUUCCUUUUUUGUGGAAGGAUGCAAAUGCCCACUGGUUGAGAUCAGGACAAGAAAGCGACACGAGUUGGAGAAAUAUAUGCGAAUUAAUGAUGAAAAAGAUAUGGAUAGCAUGAGUGUGACAGAAGUUGAGAACAGGUUGACAAUGCCAAAUGAGAGGAAAGAGGGUGAGGAUGAAACAGAGAUGAGAGAGCAGCUAAAGGUAAUGGAAAGAACACGGCAUCUACUGGUAUGGCAUGACCUAUCUACAGUAGCGAACCAUUCUCACCUUGUCUUUAUGGCAACUUGCUUAUAUGACCAAGCCACAUUCUACACCAACAGUGAAUAUGAAGGCAUCACUGGGAAAAAGGUAAAUAUCCAGUCAUUAGUUGAAGCACCAAGUCUGUACAUUGUAGCAAGGUCCUCAUCCUGUGAUGAAGAUCAAUUGUGUUACAUUGAGACCAGAUGUGACCAUUUAGAGGAACUCUCGGACCCCACUACUACAACCACUGGUAUACCUGUUGCAGACAAGAUGAGGUUUUUCCAUGGUGACAGUCCUUCUCGGCAAUAUGAAGCUGGCCAACAGAAGGGUGGGAAUUUCUACUGUGCCGUGUGUGGUGCCAAUGCUCAUCGGGUGCAUGAACUUGAUUAUGUGUUUCGUUGCCCACAUGUAUCGUUGGAGGAUCGACAACAGUUGGUGUUUAAAGGUGCACAUGGUAAAGCAAAUUCUUUGGCAAAGUCAAAUAAACCUUUCCAUGGAUUAACAAAACCCAACUUGAUCAGGGAGUUGAAUGCCAGAUCUAUCUACGAAGGAGAAAAAAAUAAAAAAAUAGAGGAUCUCUUGAAGGAUGAGCUGCAUGGAGUUCAAAGAGUACCAGCCCUACUUUUCACCAGUCCCAACAAAACCUUAGAGUCAAUUAACUGUGCCGGUUAUGAGCUUCUAGGUUUUGAACCCCUCCAUGACAUUGGGAAGCACAUCGAAAAUCUAUUUUGUGAGCUACCAGACCAUCUGCCAACCAAUGAAGCUUCUAAGUUGAAGGCUAUUCUUGAAUUGUGCAUUGAGGGGAAAGACACAAAGCAAACCAUUGAUUACCGCUGUGCUUUGAUUGUUGUUUCAAAUCAGAUUAGAGGCUCUGUUAAUCCAAAGGUUCAAUUGUUGCUUGACACCCUUGUUCAAAUUCACGAAGUAGCCUACAACUCAGAAGAGCACAGAACACCACGAUCAGUUCUGAGAUUUCAUAACCUUACCUGGCAUCGCACAAUGUUGUGCAGGUCAGUUAUCGGGUUUUCCCUGAAGCAAAUGUCAACACGAAAGUUUUACGGUAACUACUUCCACAACAUUACAGCACAUGCACCAAUCCAGAACAGACUGAUAAGUGGUCGAUCUGCAAACACCGAAGAACAGGAACAAGUAUUCAAUAGCAUCAACAACAUAACCCGAAUGACAUCUUCUAACCAUCCUGAGCACAUCAUUGGCAACGUCUUUACCCGAGUCCAGGCUGAAAAAGAAUUGAAAGCUGAACAACCAUCAACCUCUGACACACAAGAAGCACAUGUUUCCAAACUUGCAUCUUCUCUUCCAAAUUUUGGAAAAACUGUUAUUCCUAAACAGACCUUGGCAAGCUUAUCUUGAAAGGAUCUGCGAUUUCUUAUUAGCAGGUGAAGGAAUUUGGUGGAGAACAUGCAACAAUGGUGACAUUGAAUUUUUUGAUGCAAGGGAAAACCUGAAGCAGUUCCUCAAGGACCGACCUUGCACCAUUUCCGCCCUAGCAACUUUAAAAAAGAGGAAGCUUACUUAAAGCACUGCUGGGAAACAUACUUAAAGAAAAAAAUAGAAAUGCCAGUCAAGGUACUUCAGGUUGAAAAUGCCGAGGGUAACAUGGUAUUUAUGGAUACAAACCAGGAGAGGGAAGGUAUGGUUGGAUGUGCAGGGAGGGCCAUUGUUGGUCAAGGUUGUACGCCAGAAAGUGAAGAUGUUGGUGUUGUUGAUGAGAGUGUAGCUGGAUGUGAUGUAGUAGUCAGUUGUGAUGCUGUGGUUGCAGGUGGUGAUGAUGUGGUUGGUUGUGAUGAUAUUGUUCAAACUGGUGAGCUAGCAGUUGAUGUUGAAUAUAAUGUAAGGUUAGUUGAGGUUUCUGAAGAUAAUGUUGUUUGUUUUGAGAAUGAUCAUCAGGGUGAAGCUAAUGAUACUGGUUCAAAUUCUGAAGCAAACACUAUGAAACCAAAAUAUAGGGAUAAAGGUACUUGUACCAAUAUUUGUAUUGUUCUAUUAUCCACAAAUAGCCGUAAGUUAAAUAGCCAUUUCAAUUCAAUAAUUGGGUGUGAAUAUUUCUUUGCCUACUUUAAUUAAACACAUUUGGUCUUGUUUAUUUCUAGGAGAUAAUAUGAAACAGACAAAACAAGGACAAAAAUUAGGAUAUAUUUUGGGACUGACCGAGGAUGUGUUGCAGUUUGAUAAGGCAAGAAAAGAUUUACGGGCUUCACCCCAAAACAUGGAACUCAUGAACAAAUACUUAGACGUCUUACCAGUCAUGGAAACCAAGUUACUGCAUGAACAGACCAGCAUCUGA